GGGGUCUCCCUCUCCCUCAUCCAAUCAGCAGGCACCCGAGGGCCCGUGCUUGCCGUCAUCCGCCCCUUGACUACCGGAUGUGUGAUGUGGCUCGUGGCGGUGCGUAACUAUGUCUGCAAUCUUCAAUUUUCAGAGUCUGCUGACAGUAAUUUUGCUGCUUAUAUGUACUUGUGCAUACAUAAGAUCUUUGGCUCCCAAAUUACUGGAUAACAAUCAGACUGGAUUAUUGGGAAUAUUUUGGAAAUGUGCUAGGAUUGGUGAACGGAAGAGCCCUUACGUAGCUAUCUGUUGUAUUGCAAUGGCCUUUAGCAUUCUGUUCGUGCAGUAAAAAUUGGAAAAUGUCAGGAAUACAUUGCUUUCAAACCUGCAAUAGAAUAAAAGACUCUGGAAGACAGAAAAGAAAAAAAUUUGUACAUCUCAGCUUCUUUAUUCCUAUUGGACAAAACAUGCUUUCCACAAUGUGUUCCAUUAUUUUCAGUUAGAGCAAUUGUGUACUAAGUUAUGAAAAUGCAGCUAUUAAUUAUCACAGUUAUACUUCGUGAUUAUGAAGGGUUUUUUCCCUUUAUGUGAACUGUAUUCUGAAUUUCUGCUAAGGCAUUUUAAGACAUACAACUAUAAUGAAUGCAGUUAGCAUUUCUUUUUGAAAGCUGUUCUUUCGGAUGUUAAAACCUGAACCCUUAAAAACUUACAAAGUUUUUUACAAAAUUGUCAGUUUUAAAACAUAGAAGAACAGUAAGAACACUGUUAAUCUGUAGAUGGGGUGGUACCAAGUAAAAUCAGGUCAAUCUUAGUGUUUCUGUAGAAAUAAAAAUCUAUAUAGUGAUUGAACUAUAAGAAAGAUAAAGAGACCAAAGCAAAAAUUCAGAACAGAAGACUUCAAAUUAGAAUUUUUAAUUAAAAAUGUUUGAAUGAGUUGCUCUAUGUAUUACAGGGUAAGAAUAGCUUACGAUUAGAUCUUAUAGUUAUAAAAUGCCUAUAUAACAGUUAAAAAUGAUUUUACAAGGAAUGACUCCUGCUCACUAUGACUUCUUCAUGUUAAAGCCAACAUCUGCUAUCAAAUAUUUUUUGUUUCACUUGAACCUGAUUUAAUUUUUAAUAAAAACAAAACAAUGUACUGUGCAUUGAUGAUCUCUGCAGGCAAUUAAAUUCUGGAACUUAUUGAAAUGCAUGAGAAAUGUAUUUAUUUCAACUAUUAGGAAAUGAAAGAUAAAUCCAGAUUGGUUUUCUGAGAUAUGACUUUUAAAUUCAAACAAUAUUGAGUUCUCUGCUAGAAUUUUCACUACUAAUCAUACAGCAACUGGAAAAGCUAUUGAUAAGUCGAUCCAGUAUGAGCUAAAAUCACUGAACUCAUGUGGUCAUCCACUUGUCUGUCUAGCUGCUUUUGUAUAAAUAUUUUAGAGCCAGGAAAGCCUAAUACCUCUUUGGCAUUUGGACUAUUUAACAAGUAAUACAAAUACAUGAUCCUCAAAUGUUUUUUCAUACCUAAUAAUUUUUAGAAAUGAUUUAUCACAGCAUUUUCUUGAGAAUUCACAGAAUGUAGUUGUAUAUUUCUAAAUUACUUUGUGUAAAUAAGGAUGAGCAACAAUGGGAUAAAACAAACAGUGUUGUUUAGCAAGUGUUUGUGUACUCUAAAGUGGAAAUUAGUACAACUUGGUGUAUAUUUUAGAGAAUGUCUAGCAGUAUUUACAUAUUUAAGAUGUAAACUUAUUCAUGAAAGUGAGAGAGAUGGAAGCAAUCAGGAAAUUCAUAUUCUGUACGUGACAUGAUACAAGGUAUCUCAAUAUGCACAUCACAGUUUGUGAUGUGUGAGGUACAAGCGUCUAAUCAUCAGUUCAGAAUUACGUAUAUAGAACCCACUUUUAUCACUGGUAGGUUUUCCUAUUCUGUUGUGUUCAAAGAUCAGUUUCUGGUAGUGUUCUUAGUGGCAAUUGCGUAAGUACAACCAAGCUUUCAAAUGCAAAAUUAAGUAUGAUUUCUUUCCUUAAGAAAAUACAUAAAAAUAAAAGAAAUUUAAGCUGCCAUUUUCUCCUUUUUAACUUGCAUGUGUAAACAUGUUGUCAACUUCUGUGUUUAAGCAAUAUAGGAUGCAUUCCUAUAGUAUCGCAGCAGGCAUGAAACUAUAUUCACCAAGUAGUUCAUAAUAUCCACAACACUGGAUUUCAAUUGAAGUGUGUGCAACUGGGCUGCAGAAGCAAACUUUUCCCACCCAUCUUCUGCCCUGAAAAUUGUGAAGAAGCGCCUUCCAUCGGCAGAACUACAUUCAUGGAAAGUGCCUCCAUCCAAGUCACCAUUCUACCUACACCACAAUGUACCCCUUUCAGCAGUGCUCACACGCUUCUUUAUAGUGUAGCAUUUUUUAGAAGUUGCUCCAUGGGUACACCAGCCCAAUUGUGUGUUCCUAAUUAUGUUUCCAACCCAUUAUCUAUAAUCUUACUAGGAACUGAAUAAGAACAAGAAUACUUGCAAUGUGUUUUAAAUACAGGUCAAGAAUCCUAAAACAAAAUCUCUCCAUAAAAAGCAUUGUUAAAAGGUUCAUUUUCUACUGUAAGCCUUAAAUUGUAUCAUAAUUCUUUAAUAUCAGAUUAGCUUACGCAUGUAUACCUACAGCAACCUACACACCACCUAGGAUACUUUUGGAACAAAUGUAAAUUCCAAACAUAAGUUCUAUAAAAACAAAAAAUAGGAAAUACAUUGUUUGUAUGGGUGCCUUAAAGCCCAGAGAUUUUCUAAAAUUUUGUGAGCAGAGAAGUUUUUAAGGAUGCAUUUGAAAGAAGUCAGUUAAAUCAUUCAAGUCAUUUAACAAGAGAAACUUUUAAAUUACAUGCUUAACUGCCAUAUUUAUAAAAUGUGGCUGUGACUUGAUAAACAGCAUAUACUUUUAUUAUGGGGGAAAUGAUGAGGGGAGAAGUUUGUUUAUUAUUUAUUCAUUGUAAAAUGUCUUAUGCUAUGAGACUGACUGUAAAUAUAAAUGAAACAUGAAAUAUU